AGAAACACUAUAUAGACAGUUCGACCGGUGAGGACACACAGUAUAACAGUCUUACAGAGAAUCGCAAAGAUCACUACUUAGUUUUAACGUCGGAACACACACACACACGUCGGACUCCCGGGUUUCUAACACCUGAAUACACACGUCCGUCGGAUCACCAAGUGUCUAACACACACACACACACACAUGUCAGUUAGAUCACCAGGUUUCUAACACAGACACACAAGUUGAGGAUCCUACGCCUGAGUGGGGAUCGAGCCGUGCCAUGGAACCAUGACCCCAGAGGAACAUCUGGAAGAAUUCUGCAACGACGCCAGUCCCAACUGGUUCUGGUCUCAGACCAUGAACUACGUGGGCCAGUUGGCAGGCCAGGUGUUUGUGCAGGUGAAGGAGCUGUACCGGGGCCUGAACCCGGCCACUCUUUCAGGCUGCAUCGACGUCAUCGUGGUACGGCAGCCUGACGGCACCCUGCAGUGCUCGCCCUUCCACGUCCGCUUUGGCAAGAUGGGUGUGCUGCGUUCCCGUGAGAAAGUGGUGGACAUAGAGAUCAAUGGAGAGCCUGUGAGUCUACAAAUGAAGCUGGGGGAGAACGGAGAAGCCUUCUUCGUCAAGGAGACGGAGAACACACUGGAAGUGGUUCCGUCAUACCUGGCGACAUCACCUAUUGUGUCCCAGGGGGCGGAGCUAAUGGAAGCUCAGCUGGGGAGGGGUGUGUCUCGCCUCUCUGACCCCACCUCCCUCCAGGUCCAGACCCUGGGCUCCCAGCAGACCACAGGAGGAGGGGAAGGAGGGAUGAUGAAGAAGAGGAGGAAAAGGAGGAGGAAGGCACGGGAAAGCGGAGGAGGGAGACGGAAGGAGAGUGGGGAGUACUCAGAGGAUGAGGACAUGUUCACCAUCGACAUGAGCACUGAUGAGGAGAGAGAGAACGACAACAACAGUAGCAGGGCCUCUUCUCGGGAGCUCAAUGGAGAGCAGGGCCCUAAGGCCAGUGUGUUGAGCAACAACUACACCCCGAACACAACAUACACACACUCUGACACAGACUGGGCACGCUCACAGAGUGCUAUAAUAGAGCAGACACUUACUCUGUCUAUCCCUCCUAGUGGUGGUCUGUCCAUCUCCUGUCCACAGCAGACUUCUGUCUUCCCUUCUCCUGUCAGCAGCCCCGGUGGCUCCCGCCCCUCCACUCCGAAGAGUGACUCGGAGCUGACCAAUCAGAGCAAAGACAACCCUGAGAUUCUGUGGGCCUGGGGGGAGCUGCCUCAAGCUGCCAAGCCCUCCUACCUCCCUCCAUCCCAGAUGCAUGAUUCUGGGAUGAAGUCCCCUGUCUCCAUCCCUGUGUGUGACAGCACACACUUCAGGACCAUCCCCGGAGACUGUGGCCCCCCUGUCCAGACCCAGAGCCACCCAGACAAUGGCCCCCCAUCCCUCAACCCAUACAUGCCCCAGCCUGGGAACAACACGUCUGGGCCCGGGGCUGGAGGGGACAUGGAGUUAGUAGGGGCAGCCUGUAGAGAGGUGGAGGGGCUGAUGGCCUCCAGGUUGCUGUCAGAACUGGAUGAGGGGGGCCAGAGGGGCAGCCCGGUCAGACGCACAGACUCCCCAUCCAAGAGGAAAGACAAGAGGAGCCACCACCUGGGCUCGGAUGGAAUCUACCUGGAUGACAUCACUGAGCUGGAGCCAGAGGUGGCUGCUCUGUACUUCCCUAAAAGUGACGGUUCAGUGAGAGGGGGCUCGGAGACAGGGGCGCGGAGCGCCAACCAAUCACCUCAGUCGGUGGGCAGCAGUGGGAUGGACAGCGGUGUGGACAGCUACUCUGACCAGCUGGGAGACAUGCCCAACAUCGCCAUCUCCCUGUGUGGAGGUCUCACUGACAACAGAGAAAUCACAAAAGAACAGUUCCAGGAGAGAGCCAUCUCUUACCAGCAGUUCACUGAAAACCCCUCCAUCAUCGAUGAUCCUAACCUGGUGGUCAAGAUAGGAACCAAGUACUACAACUGGACCACCGCAGCCCCUCUCAUGCUGGCUAUGCAGGUGUAUCAGAAGCCCCUGCCAAUGGCCACGGUGGAGAACAUCAUGAAGGAGAAGAUGCCCAAGAAAGGAGGCCGCUGGUGGUUCUCAUGGCGCAGCAGGAACAGCGACUCCAAAUCGGACUCAGUGUCUGAGACAGGAGUUGGAGACGGGGGAGAGACCUCUCUCAGCAUGGCUUCAGUCAAUGGAAUGAAGGAGGAGUCUUCCUCCAGCGAUGAGGAACACAGAUCGUCCAAUCAGGACUCAGAAUCCUGCCAGCCCGAACCUCUUCUCACGCCUGGUAGUGUCUUCUACAGGAAGACCCUCAGACUGAACCCAGAGCAGCUGGCCAGUCUUCAGUUGAAGGAGGGUCCUAAUGAGGUGGUGUUCAGUGUGACCACUCAGUACCAGGGCACCUGUCGCUGCCAGGGCACCAUCUACCUCUGGAGCUGGGACGACAAGAUUGUCAUCUCAGACAUUGACGGCACCAUCACCAGAUCUGACACCCUGGGCCACAUCCUGCCAACGCUGGGUAAAGAUUGGACCCACCAGGGCAUUGCCCGCCUCUACCACCGAGUCAGCCAGAACGGUUAUAAGUUCAUGUACUGCUCUGCAAGGGCCAUAGGUAUGGCUGAUAUGACGAGGGGUUAUCUUCACUGGGUCAACGAGCGAGGAACCAUGCUGCCUAUAGGACCUGUCCUACUCAGCCCCAGCAGCCUGUUCUCAGCCCUGCACAGGGAGGUGAUAGAGAAGAAGCCUGAGAGGUUUAAGAUUGAGUGUCUGACCGACAUCAAGCAACUGUUCCACCCCAACACUGAGCCUUUCUACGCCGCCUUCGGCAACAGAGCCACGGAUGUGUAUUCCUAUAAGGAGGUGGGCGUUCCCCUAAACAGGAUCUUCACAGUCAACCCCAAGGGAGAGCUGAUACAGGAACACGCUAAGACCAACAUCUCAUCGUAUGGUCGUCUGUGUGAGGUGGUGGACCACGUCUUCCCCCUGUUGAUCAGAGGUCACGUCUCGGACUUCUCCUGCCCUGACACCUUCAGCCAGUUCACCUACUGGAGAGAACAGCUGCCCCAGAUCCACUCCCCUGACCAGCCCCAGGUCCACACCCCUGACCAGCCCCAGGUCCACACCCCUGACCAGCCCCAGGUCCACACCCCUGACCAGCCCCAGGUCCACACCCCUGAUCAGCCCCAGGUCCACAGCCCUGACCAGCCCCAGGUCCACAGCCCUGACCAGCCCCAGGUCCACAGCCCUGACCAGCCCCAGGUCCACAGCCCUGAUCAGCCCCAGGUCCACAGCCCUGAUCAGCCCCAGGUCCACACCCCUGACCAUCCUCUGGUCAUCAGCUGUGGAGACCCACUUCCACACCAAACCACCCCAUAAGUGACCUGUGUGCAAUCUGGGAAGGAAAGGGAGAGACACAUUUAUGAUGAUGACGGCGUGCAAAUGAAAGAAGCAUGUCUCUGCUCUAGUGUCACACACACACACACACACACACACACACACACACACACACACACAAGCAGACCUUAACACACACAUGGUUGCCAUGUGCACACUUAUGCACUAGUGGAAGUGUUCUCCUACAACAACAGGCAUGUUAGCACUAAGUGGUAUUUCUAUGUACUCAACUUUCCUAUUUAUGUUCUACUCCUCAGUGUUCUGCUCUACAAUACCUACUGUUCAUCAGGUGUAAAAGGUACUACUUGUAUACAUACACUUGUAGUAGCUGCAACUCUGACAAAAAGCACUGAUUCAGUCAACCUGGGGGAAAUCACUGUGAAGAACAGUCUUUCAAUGACAGCUAUUUCGCCUGAUUGAUUCUAGCACUUUUCGUCUCCCAUGUGGGUACAGUAAACCGCAAUGCAUGUUCAAUUGACACUUUCAGAUCUAACGUUCACAUAAAGUGCGAAUAUAAUAAAUGUUGAACAAAGCAAGAUUAUGCUCAACUAGCGCUGGGAAUAUUAUAGCGCAUGGCGAUAAUUCAGUUCACCCGUUCGCCUCCAAACAUUUGUCAAUAUAAUCAAAACAAAUGUUAUUUGUCACAUGCGCCGAAUACGACAGGUGUAGACCUUACCGUGAACUGCUUACUUCCAAGCCCUUAACCAACAGUGCAGUACAAGAAAUCGAGUUAAGUAAAACAUUUAAUAAAUGCGUUUUAAAGCACGCUUCCCUUCUAGUAAGUAGCAUUCUAUAUUUGUUUUUUAUUCUUCCGUUUUUUGUUGUUGUUGUCAUGUUCUGCGUAUGGUAGAUAUGUUAGUGAUCAACUGAAUUAAAACCAGUGACCGGGGCAGCUCUUCACUUCACUAUUAUUAACAGGGCACAGAGGAGGGCUGUCUCUCUCGUUGAUGCCUCUCGCCCAUAGUCCUCAAUAGUCCUUAAACGGUCGUGUAACCAAACACCUGAGAAAAGACUCGUGUGAAACUGACGUUACUCUGACAGCAAGCAAUGCAAGAAAACUCAGGUUGUCCGUUUUAGCAGUCGCCUUGUCUUCACUUCUCCACUCAUCGCGGUUUCCCACGGACCGUGACACAUACGUAAUCAAAUCAAAUUGCAUUUGCCACCUGCGCUGAAUACAACAGGUGUAGACCUUAACCUUAACUGUAAGGUCGACACCUGUUAUAUUGGGCGCAUGUGACCAAAACGAUUUGAUGACCUAUCCGAUUCUCUCUGUGUGCAGUGUGUCAUUGUUUUGGCUAACACUAACAGAUAAUGUUGUGCAGACAGUAGAAAACAUAUUAUGUCCUCUGCUUUGGUUGUCCAUCAUCUUAAACUCUGUGUGUAACUGCGAGAUGUGAGAAAUAUACAAAUGCAUGAAGUGUUUAAUUCAUUUCACAUUUUUAAGCGAGCAGCUUGUGAACGCACUUGGAUUUGGGCUUUGGUUUUUAUUUCAUUUGAAAUAUUGUGUUUAUGUGAUUGAAUCGGAAUAGAGUUUUGAAUGUUCAUUCUCAGUUUUGUAUAUAGGGGCAACCUUUUUUAGCGAUCGAAUUCAUAAACAUUGUCAGUAAGUGGCUGGCUGCUGGACUACGGUAGUUUGACCUUAAGGCUAACAACAUUUUGCACUGACAGACUAUAGUGUCCACUGAAGCGAAACCAUUGAGGAGAUAUUCUACAGUAAACCAAUCAACAUUCUCCUGAAUUCUAGAAUCGACUACUUCGAUACGAAGAACUUAGAUACAUAGGUUAAAUUGAACUGAUGUCCCUUGUAAAUGAGAAUGCACAACAACCCUGACGGUUCUGAACCUCCUCAAAGGGUUUAAAGCACAAAGCACUAACGACAUAGUCCGUCUGUCCAUCAGAUCUCUGUUGUGAACAGAGGUGGCAGUGUGUUUCUAUGGCGACCGUGGAAUAUGUACAUUGUGCAAUUGCCAAUGUUAUCCUGUAUGUAGUAUGGAUGGAUAUUCAAGACAUCCUGCAUUACCGGAAUGAAUACCAACACUGUGAUACAGUAUUUCUCUCUUUUUCUAUUGAUCAUAUUGAUGACCACUAUAAAACCUGAUUACAUCACUAUGAAGGAGAGAAGGUUCCCACCGUCCCUGUGUCAUAUGCCAUAUUGAUUACUUUCAAUACCUUUACAUUCACUUUGGUUGAAUUGACUACCAGUGGGAUGGUUGAAACAUCCAUUACCAUGGUUCAGGAGUAUUGUGACAUAGCGACUAAUGUGAGAUGUUGGAUUUACCACCAACCGAAAGAGGUGUGUUGGUAUUAGGAGGAUAACGGAUGGAUGGAUGGAUGGAUGGAUGGAUGGUAGGAUGAAUGGAUGAGUCAAUGGAGGCAUGUGAUCUCACUGUUGUGUUGUGUUUACUCCUCCUCUGUGUCAUUGUGUUCUGUUCUCCCCUUACUGUACUGUCACAAGAUUUGUUCCAAGUAUGUUAAAGUACUGCUGUAUAUUCAGAUUAAAUGACUGUAUUCUUUCUGUGAAAGAUCUAUAUAAACAAGGAGCUUGUUGCCUUACAGUAUGCCGUGAAUGUCUCUGCCCUCGUUAGUUUGCUUCUGAGAUGUACAGAGUCAAUUACUCUAGCACUGUGUCAUGUUGUAUAGGUUAACAAUCCAGUCUGAAAAUAACUAUAUUGAAAAUAAGUUUUUCAAUAAAUGCAAUGUUGAUGGA